AUGAACUCCAGUAUUGUGAGCCAUAAUGGAGCAAGAACGCUGAGCAACACUACCAGACUCACACAGGAUAUAAACGAAAGAGCGCUGACGCUACUGCAGAAAAGUCGUCAGCAGAGACUACUGCUGCACAGGAAUGAAGACCGGAGACGAUAUGUAACAGCGGAAGAACCUUCGAGACUAGAAAGUCCUCAGCCUGCAGUGGUCACUAAAGUAGUAGGGAGACGCAAAAGCUCAACGAAAAGAUACCGUCCCAGCGAUAUGGCGUUGCAGGAAAUACGAAAAUAUCAACGCAGCACGGAUCUGCUGAUUUCCAAGAUGCCGUUCGCUCGUCUUGUUAAAGAGGUCACAGAUCAAUUCACCACCGAGGAACAGCAGCUGCGGUGGCAAACCAUGGCCAUCAUGGCACUCCAGGAGGCAAGUGAGGCGUAUCUAGUGGGCCUUCUGGAGCACACGAAUCUAUUGGCCCUUCACGCGAAAAGAAUCACUAUCAUGCGGAAAGACAUGCAACUGGCACGCAGGAUUCGUGGCCAGUACAUCUGA